AUGUCUUCCAACGCCAAACCAUUCGCCGACACCUUCUCCCCGAUGGACUGGACACCAACGAUUUCGAGCUUCGUCAAGCUGUUGGGACUUUGGACAGCUUACAAGCUCUGUAAGCGCUUCAAGCACGUUUCCGCCCUUUCUUUCCUCCCUGGUCCCCCAACCGUCAGCUAUGUCUGGGGCAAUCUGUUCGAUCUCAAGAAGGCACCCGUCGGAACGCGAUACAACGUUUGGCGCAAAAUAUACGGUCCUGUCUACACGCUUCGCGAACUGCUCAUGGAGCCUAUUCUUGUCAUGGGGGAUCCAAAGGGUGCACUACACGUUCUCAACAAGUCUACAAUCUACUGGCGUCCUGCGAUUGACCGAGUCAUUCUGGCAUUAUGGUUUGGUCCCAGCGUCUUAUCCACCGAAGCUGAUGUACACGCCCAAAGACGGCGCAAGCUGAACCCAGCCUUUACACCGCAAUCCGUCAAGCAAGUAUCGAGUGUAUUAACUGAUCUCACACACUCUCUCGUGAGCGAUUGGGACGACAAACUUGGUCCCGACGAAUCACUAGUGGUGAAUGUGGCCGAAGCUCUUCACCGCUUUGCCCUAAAUGCCAUCUCAAGGACAAUGUUCGCGUAUGACCUCAGCGACUCAACGGGCUCUAUACCAUCUCUACUCAAGAACAUCUCCGAGGGACCAACUGGUCCUGAUACAACAUUAGCGCGCACGGCCGCGGUUAUCGUUAGCACCUUUCCGCAGCUGAUGGGCCUUCCCAAUCCCAUGAAGUCGUGGGCGACUAUGCUCCGCACGGAACUUAGAAAGAUCGCCGAAGCUGUGUGGGAUUCAGCAGAAGAGAUCGAGACGCUGGAAGGAAUGGACGCUCGCGCACUUGAAGUCCUCAGCCAGGCGAACAAGAAUGGAGACUACGUCUCCAAAGACGAUGCGGUGGCAGAAAUUGUCGGUCUUCUGUUUGCUGGAUCGGAAACCGUCGCGAAUGUUAUGGGGGAGUUUCUUUACGAACUUGCGCAUCAACCUGCCGUUCAAUCCAAGGUUCGAGAAGAACUUACUGCAUUCGAAGCUCGCAAUAGUGGUCCCCCAAGCUACUCGGAUCUCUUCGCGUCGAGCAAGAACGGACUGGAAUACUUCAACGCCGUGAUCAUGGAGGUCCUGCGAUGCAAAGCCGUACUGAUGGAGAUCACGCGUGAAGCAAAUGUCGAUGACGUCAUUCCCCUCUCCCAACCUCUCCGAGGAAUGAAUGAACCCGUUCUACACGUUCGGAAGGGCCAAAUAGUGUCCAUACCUGUUCGAGACGGGCUCAACGUUGACACCACCAUAUGGGGCGAGGAUGCUGAUCAGUUCAGACCCGAGAGAUGGCUGGAGAACGAUACUGUUGAGCAUGGAAUCGGACCGGGAGGCGUGCUAACUUUUGGUGAAGGGACGAAAGCAUGCGUUGGCCGACACUUCGCGAUGGCCGAGUUGAAGAUCGUUAGUUCGACUCUGAUUCGUAACUUCAGCUUCCUUCCCUCUGAGGCGGAGUUUGACAUCGACUUCUACCAUCUUGGGGGUAACACCGUCAAGCCCAAGGUCCGCGGGAAAGAAAGCGAAGGUGUACGGCUUCCACUUCUUAUCCGACGCUUGUGA